UCAAGAAGCAUUACAGAGUGCUUCAUCUUUGCUACAGACGCAACCAGCGCAUUGACAGUCUUCAUCUGUUGUGCACGGAUCUCCAAUCGCAUAAAUCACUUCACCGAUGAAGUUUCCUCCAGGGUUAUAUUCGCAUGCCACAAAUGUAGAAGCACCAUUCCAGCAAGAAAAGAUUCCACAACCAGGCCAACUAGAGUAACAGAAGUAACAACAUUCCUGCCAACUCUGUGCACUUUCAUCAUUCUAGCCGCUUUUCUAGCAAACCCUCCAGGAUUGUUGUGGGCUAGUCCUUUAGCUAUGAUGGAUCGAUACUCAUUGUGUUUGUCGACGAACAAGUUCCUAGCUUCGUCCGUCACUCCGGUAUUAAGCCCAGGGCACAUCCCACCUAAAAGGCAGCAGAGUUGA